CCUGACAUCCCAUCCUCUUCUCCAUCUUGGACGCUUCCUCCGCUGCAGGUAUCUGCCCACCUUUUUGUCUAACCACCACCCCCCUCUUUCCUGACCUCCCCCCCCAACCCUAAUAUCAACCUCGUGGAUUCUCCAUUCGCCAUUCUUAGUCGGGUGCAUUGGUUCGUCGCUUCGGUUGUGACGCGCCACUUGGAUUCCUCCCCUGCCCCUGUUGAGUGGACCCCCCUCCCCCCAAGGCGACACGAGCCCAGCCCACCCAUUCGACGCAAGUACACGGCCAAGUACAUAAAGGGUUCGUGCCUCCGAUCCUACUUUGAGUUUACGCCCUAGCGUUUGGGCCGUGUCUCUGGUCCGGAGUACUUUUGUGACCCAUAAGGCCUGUGGACUUUUUUUGGGUCCGUCUCGACUCUCCGUCCAUUAAAGCAAAAGUCUGCCGUGAAGACGUUUGAGAUUGUCAAUCUCCAUCACUCGAAAAAGGAUCCGAAGCUCUCUCUCAGCUCAGCGUCUUUCCCACCACAUCCCCUACUCUUCCUCCUUCCCCCCUCUCCUCCUCCAUGUCGGAACCCGAGCCUAUUGCGGUGGAUCCGGACACGUACGCCGUUGAAAGUGCGUACUGGCCCGACGACUGGCAAUCGGAAACUACAUCCAUCGGAUCGUCGAUUUAUCGAGGUUUGAUCGAGAAUGGACGACGCUACCAAGCACUUCGAAACAAGGAGUACAUUAUCCCGGCCGAUGACGCGCAGUUUGAAGCAUAUGAAGCUGGACAUCUCUGCGCUCUCAUUCUAGAGUCAAGUCAUCAUAAUCCCUUCUUCCGAGCUCCCGUUUCUGCACCGGAGAAUAUCCUGGAUAUCGGUACCGGCAAAGGUACCUGGGCGAUCGAUGUUGCCGAUAUGUUUCCAAAUGCCACCGUCCGUGGUGUCGACUUAUUUCCUCCACCAGUUUCUUGGGUGCCUCCAAAUUGCGUUUUUGAAGUCGACGACGUCCAGCAAGAAUGGACGUGGCACGAACAGUUUGAUCUCAUCCACAUGCGUAUCAUGAUCGGAUCUUUCGAAGAGGCCGAAUGGGAGCGUCUAUAUAAGCAAUGUUACGACAACUUAAAGCCGGGAGGCUGGAUCGAACAAUUGGAGGUUAGCCCCGUCAUUCAAACUGACGACGGAAGUCUGCCGCCCGAUAAUAUCUUGAACGACUGGGGACCGAACAUGCUGGCAUGCGGGGAACGAGCCGGUCGAGCCGUCGACACCUUUGAAACAAUGACCAACAAGAUCCAAAAUGCAGGAUUCGUCAACGUCCAUCAGAAACACUACAAAUGGCCGAUCGGACCAUGGCCCCGGGACAAGGAACUCAAGGAGGCUGGUAUGGUCAAUCACCAGCACUGGAGUUCCGGUCUGGAAGGCUGGGGUAUGUGGCUACUGACUCGAUUCGGGGCUCCCCAUCCCUGGAGUCAGGAGGAGGUUCAGGUAUACGUUGCCCGAUUGAGGAAUGAGUUGAUGAAUCCACGUUUCCAUAUCUGGCACAGAGGACGGCGGGUAUGGGCUCAGAAGCCACUGGAUGGUAGUCCCACCCCGACGAAUAAACGCCCAUCGCGUUGACAUGGACCGUCACGGUGGACAAUUUCCAUUUUUCAUUUUCCUUUAUCAUGUAUCUCAGCACUCAGCCUUUAUGAAUGACGUAUUGCAUCGAAGAGCCCUAUUUCAAAAUUCAAAUCUAUACCCUAUACGGGAACUUCUUGACCAAUGCUUAAUUAAGUUCGAAAUCGCUAAUUCACCCGCGAUGGGAACUAAAUUUAACAGAUGAAU